AUGCACGUUAAAGCACAGCUAAAGCAAGAGAAAAGCAAGAUCCUGAAUCUGAGCGAACGAUCCCUCUCGCUGCUUAAAAUGAAGACUGUUGUGAUUGUUUUCCUUGUUGCAAGUGUCUGUAUUCAGAGUGCAACCCCAUCAAAACUAAACAUGCGCAAAAAGCGAGCCUGGAUUGUGGAUUUCCUGACCAUGGAAGAAGAGCACACUGGUCCUUUCCCAUAUAAACUGGGAGAUUUAAAUAUUGAGAAGCAAGUUAUCGAAGAGUACGCCAUUCAUGGACAGGGCAUCGACAAAGACCCCAAAGGAAUUCUCUCUGUGGACAGAAACGGCUCAGUUUACGCUCAUAGAAAAGUUGACUAUGAGGAGUACCAGAAACUGAGAAUCUAUCUUUCUAAAAAACAUACAAUAGUUGCUGUGGAUAUCGAUAUUCUGGAUGUUAACGACCACGCUCCUGUUUUUAAUCGGGAUGUGUAUGAAAUCGCAGUAGAUGAAUCAACACAACAAGGUAAGCUUCUGGUCACAGUGCUGGCAACUGAUAACGACCAGCCUGGCACAGCAAACGCUCAGCUCACGCUGAGAAUUGUCUCAGUGUCUCCCUCUGCCUCCAGUGCUGACUUCUUCAUUCAGCAAAGAAAAGGAGAGCAGACGGGAACCAUAUCUUUCAAGGGAUACCUUGAUUAUGAGGAGGCCCCAAAAUACACUAUUCUGGUUGAAGCAAAGGAUCAUGGGGAGAAGAUGCAGCUCUCCAGCACAAGCACAGUGAUACUGAAUAUCAUCGACAAACACGACCAUCCAUCAGAAUUCACUAGGAAAACGAUUCAGAAAGAUGCUAGUGACUCCUCAGUAUUGAAGAAGAUGAAACAAGUGGGUGCAAUGGAGAGAAUGGAGUCUGGACUGAUGCUGGAGGCCAACAAACUGGCCAUGUGUCUGUCUGAGGAGACGACUGACAUUACAGCUCUCAGCCCAGCCCUGUACAGCCCACCAAUACACUUCGAGCUGACUGGAGACGUCCAGGGGAAAUGGAGGCUUCAGUCUAACUAUGGUACAUCUGUGAGGCUGAUCAAAGAGAGCGCCGUACACGCGGGCGAUCAUCAACUCACCCUGAAGAUCUCUGACAGCCAGGGCCAGCAUUCGGUCCAGACCCUCUCGCUGCUUGUGUGCGACUGUGAUGUUUCUGCAAACUGCAAAGACCCAGCAACAAAGAUGAACGUCACUGCCAUCGCUGUCGUAAUCCUCAGCAUCCCGGUGCUGCUGGGUAUCCUGUUGAUGGCGUGGUGUCAGAUCAGAGCAAAGAAAUGUGCAAAGCACCAAAUGCUUUUAGUGGAGGAAUCAGAGCAAUCUCUUAGUCCUGACAGCACUGAAACACAUUGAACUUGAUUGCAUGGCCACAGCUUUACUUGACGAACUCCUCGAGCCAGAGCUGGAACACGAACACUCCCAGACUUCACUCAUGCCACUGAAUGUGC